AUGCAAACUGCAAAUGCUUACCUGAAGAACGGGACCCCCAGCCCGUUCGAUGGGCCACAGUGGCCCCACCAGGCUUCACGAGGUAUCUACAUCUCCGUGACUGUGCUCAUGGGGGUGGUGGUGGUCUCAGCGUCCCUGGUCAAUGGGCUAGUCAUCGCAGUCUCCGUCCGGUUCAAGAAACUCCGCUCACCUUUGAACUACAUCCUGGUGAACUUGGCCACAGCCAACCUCCUUGUCACCUUCUUCGGGAGUACCAUCAGCUUUGCCAACAACGCCUUCGGCUUCUUCAUGUUUGGCAAGACAGCAUGCCAGUUUGAAGGGUUCAUGGUCUCCUUAACAGGAAUUGUGGGCCUCUGGUCAUUGGCGAUCCUGGCCUUUGAGAGGUACCUCGUGAUCUGCAAACCUGUGGGAGAUUUCCGGUUCCAGCAAAGGCAUGCAGUGGUUGGCUGCCUUUACACAUGGGUAUGGUCAUUAGUUUGGACAGUCCCCCCACUAUUUGGCUGGAGCAGCUACGUCCCCGAAGGCUUAGGAACAUCCUGUGGACCAAACUGGUACAUGGGUGGUACCAACAAUAACAGCUACAUCAUGGCCUUGUUUGUGAUGUGCUUUGCUGUGCCUCUGAGCAUGAUCCUCUUCUCCUAUGCCAACUUGCUGUUGACAUUGCGAUCGGUAGCGGCUCAGCAGAGAGAAAAACAGAAGACAACGCAGCGUGCCGAGAGGGAGGUGACCCGGAUGGUUGUCGCUAUGGUGAUGGCCUUUCUCAUCUGCUGGCUGCCCUACGCCACUUUUGCCAUGGUGGUUGCCACAACCAAAGACCUCUCCAUCCAGCCAGCGCUAGCCUCUCUGCCAUCCUAUUUCUCCAAGACGGCUACAGUGUACAACCCCAUUAUCUAUGUCUUCAUGAACAAACAGUUCCGCAGCUGCCUCCUGAACACAAUGAGCUGUGGGCACAUCCCGCUGGCAAAGCAGGAAACGACACCAGCCGUGAUUGCCGUCCGUGGGGGCCUUGCCUUGACCUCGGAAAGGAGUGGAAAUAAGGUGGCCCCUACCUAA